AUAUUUCCACAUUACAUCUGAAUAUCGAUCGUGAUAGUCGCAGUCGAAGUUAAAUUUCUUAACAGCUCUUUAUAGAUUCUUAUUAUGUCGUAAUUUAAAAAGUUUGAGAUCAGCAAGAUGUUUUCCAAAGUGAUUUUUUGUGUGGUUUCAAUUAGUUUUAUAUUAGUUAAAGGGCACAUUCAACAGCCUAUACCGAAUGAGGCUUUAGAUCAGGAUCUUUAUAGAGAUGUGAUAGAUCCGGAGUUAUGUAGUGAACAAAUAGAUCAAAUAAGAAACAAUACGAUUCUCUCCAUGUUGUUUGCUGAUGCUGGUAUCAGGGUGCCACGAGGCGUGCUUACAGGCAACACUCUUGACAUGGGUAACUAUCACCAAUGUCUGGGCAUCAACCUGGUAACAGAAACAAACACCGAACUCCAAGGGAAGUACUGCAUGAUUCGCGUACCAAUGAACCAGAGAUAUCAUUUCCCUGAAGACUUUGAGAUACCAAAUUUUGACCCAAGACUUCUACAGUUAGACGAUGAGACUGUAGCAACUUUGAAGGAAUACUAUGCUUCCAAACAAGGAAUGCUGGCGAUGACUGGCAUUUUUAAUGAUGAGAGGACUUCAAUACAGAAUCCGCUCUCUGGGUUAUCAUUCAGACUGGCUAUAUGUAUCCCAAGAUCAUGUACAACUAAGCAAGCAAUAAAUUCAUAUUUAUUCAACAUAUCCGCUAUUGGUUUUCAAUAUACUGAUGAGUUUUGUCGUCUGCCUAACGACAAGCCGUGGGUGCCAGGCGACACAGUGGCAGUGGUUGUAUUCUCAAUAAUUGGGUUGUUAACUCUUGUUAGCACUACGUUUGAUAUCUGGCAGACGAUUAUUUUGAAAAAAGAUCCUAAGACAGUGAGUGUUAUUGGUAGAUCAUUUUCUGUCUAUACAAAUGGUCGUCGUGUGAUGACAUUUACUUCUGGUGCGAACACGAUUGAAUGUUUGGACGGCAUCAGGGCUCUAGCCAUGAUGUGGGUGGUCCUUGGCCAUUCGUUUUCAUCAGAACCAAAUUGGUCCAAUCCCCUUGAUGCAUCUACGUGGGGGACAUCAUGGCAAGCUUUAUGGGUGGUGGCAGCAACAAUGACCGUGGACACAUUUUUCAUGUUAAGUGGCUUUCUCGUGGUUUAUACUACAGUUGGAAAAUUGAAUUCUAAUCAAUUAAUGAAAAAUAUUCACUUGUUCUGGCUGAAUCGACUCUUACGCAUGUUUCCCUUACUGGCCGCUAUUGUACUCUUAGAAGCUACGUUUCUAAACCGAUGGACUGAUGGACCCAUAUGGACUGUCGUGGAAGGCCAUGUUCACAGGUGUAGGACAUCCUGGUGGUCUACCUUGUUACAUGUACAGAAUUAUAUGAAUCCCACUAAUACGUGCGUCGGUCAGACAUGGUAUUUAGCAAUAGACGUUCAACUCCAUAUCUUGUCUCCAAUUAUUUUAUAUUGGGUUCUAAUGGGAAGGAAGAAGAUAGCUUGGGGUGCUUUGUUAGCUGGGCUGGUGGCUAUUUUGACAGCGGCGACUACUUAUAAUUUUAUCAAGGAAUUUCCCUCUACGAUGUAUAGUCGCCCAGACCGAAUAAUGGAUUAUUCAGUCAAUUAUUACAUGAACACGUUGACUCGAGGCUCUCCAUUUUUUGUCGGCAUGAUCUUUGGGUAUUUAGUGAGAACUGAAAAACUUGUCAUGUCUAAGAUCACAACAACAAUUUACUGGAUCGCUGCGUUUAGUUUGUCAACGUUUUUAGUGUAUACGCACUAUCCCAUAGGACAACAGGAUUGGGACAAUCAAAUAGGAGAUAGUUUAUACAACUCCUUCGUCAGACCUCUAUGGGGGUUAUAUGUUGGAUGUAUUAUAUAUGCUUGUGUCAAUGGUUAUGGAGGUCCUAUAAAUUGGUUCUUAUCACUCAGUGUAUGGAAGCUACAAUCUCGGUUAUCGUAUGGAAUGUAUUUGUUUCACUAUGGUAUGAUGGCUGCCGUCAACUAUUCCGCAGUUGCCCCUAAGUAUUUCUCUGUAGAAUCUGCGUUGUUCAAGUUCCUCGCUCACUACACGUUGGCCUUCGCUGUCACAUUCCUGAUGGUGCUGGUCAUCGAUGCUCCUUUCUCCACGUUAAUCAAGUUAAUACUUACGAGUCCAAAGAAAACCACCAAAAAAGAAUUCGAUGAAGAACCAACAAAGGAGAUGAAUAAAACAGUGUGAUACUUAGUAAUGUAGGUAAUCUAAUUUUUAGAGUUAAAUGAAAGUUGAAACUCGCUACUUGUUCCUCAUAAUUGUAGGUUUAAAAUUAUAGGUAAAUCUUAAUUUAUUUUAUUUGUACCUACUUGUUUAUAAUAAGUUGUCUGUAAUACAUUUUGUAAUAAAUGAAAUGUUUUAUGUUAAGGUGUA